AAAAGUUCGUUUUCUUUCUCUAAACCUUUCCAGCGAUGUCAGGCUACCCUCCGACGAGCCAAGGCUACGGUUACAGCUACGGCGGUGGAAAUCAACCUCCUCCUCCUCAACCACCUUACUCCUCCUCCGGAAACAACCCUCCUCCGUACGGAUCAUCACCAACCUCAUCUCCUUACGCUGCUCCCUACGGCUCAUCAUCAAAACCCCAAUCUUCUUCCUACGGCGCACCUCCUCCUUCUGCACCCUACGCUCCUCCUUCUCCAGCAGACUUCAACCCUCCUCCAAAGGAGAAGCCUUUCGCCGGUUACGGAGCUUCACCACCGCCCGGACCUUACGGUGCUGCUCCUCCCCGUCCGGUACAGUCCGGUCACGGAGGUUACGGAGCUUCUACGCCGCAAGAAUACGGCGGUUACGGUGGUGCUCCGCCGCGUCCUUACGGUGGAUACGGAGCUGCUCCGCCGCAAGAAUACGGCGGUUGUUACGGUGCUGCUCCGCCUCGUCCAGCUUCUUCAGGACACGGCGGAUACGGAGGCUAUGGAGCUUAUGGAAGUCCCUUUGCUUCUCUGAUUCCGUCAGGUUUUGCUCCGGGGACGGAUCCGAAUAUUGUGGCUUGCUUUCAAGCUGCUGAUCAGGACGGAAGUGGGUUCAUUGAUGAUAAGGAGCUUCAAGGAGCUCUGUCUUCUUAUCAGCAGAGGUUCAGUAUGAGAACUGUUCAUCUUCUUAUGUAUCUUUUCACCAACAGCAAUGCCAUGAAAAUAGGACCUAAGGAGUUUACUGCACUUUUCUACAGUCUUCAGAAUUGGAGGUCCAUUUUUGAGAGGUCUGAUAAGGACAGGAGCGGGAGAAUAGAUAUAAGUGAGCUGAGAGAUGCACUUUUGAGCCUCGGGUUUUCAGUUUCUCCUGUGAUUCUGGAUCUUCUUGUUUCCAAAUUCGAUAAAAGUGGUGGCAAGAACAGGGCCAUUGAAUAUGACAAUUUCAUUGAGUGCUGUCUCACUGUUAAGGGACUAACAGAGAAGUUCAAGGAGAAGGACACUGGAUACUCAGGCUCAGCUACAUUCACUUACGAAUCCUUCAUGCUCACUGUCCUCCCUUUCCUCAUCGCAUAAGGUUUCUUAUGUUGUUGUUGUAUGUUCCUCGAUGUGUGAAUGCUAUUGUUACAAGUUGCUUUACCGGUUUACAUGGAUUCCAAAGUUUAAGACAAAAUGUAAAAAACCUUGUGGUAUAAAAGAAUCAAACAACUCGUGUUAUGGCUGAGUAUUAUUAUUACAUCUUGUUUGUUUUUACAUAUAUAUAUAAAAUGUUAUGUAUAUACUCAGGCUCAUGUUCUGGCAUGUGAACAUAUAUUGAAG